AUGCCCGUCGCGCAAGAACGAGAAACUGAUGUGGAGGCCACGCCGCUGGACCGCCAUGGCUACCUGUUUGGCACCCACAUUCAACACUCAUGGUCGCCAUACCUUCAUCAGAUAAUAUAUGAGGACCUUGGUCUGAAUUGGGCGCAGCUGCGGCUCGACUCGUCAGACUUGAGCCAAUUCCUUGGUCUUACGCAGAAUCCCAGCUUCUACGGCGCGUCUGUAACAAUGCCCAACAAGGUGGCCAUAUUACCACACUUGAACGAAAUGACAGAAGAGUGCCGUGACGUCGGCGCCUGCAACACAGUAUUCCUGCGCCAGGGCAAAAAUGGCCAGCGUCUCCUCUGCGGCACCAAUACCGACGUCAUUGGCAUCCGCGACUCCUUCUAUCAGAGCGUCGCAAGCCCCGAGUCCGUCUUCCACAACCGUCCCGCCCUCGUCAUCGGCGGCGGCGGCGCGGCGCGCAGCGCCAUCUACGCGCUGCGCAAGUGGAUGCAGGUGACGAUCAUCUACCUCGUCAACCGCGACGCGGCCGAGGUGCAGACCAUGGUGCGCGACUGCGCCGCCCGCGGCUACGGCGCCGGCCUGCGGCACGUGGCCACGCUGGAGGAGGCGCAGACGCUCGAGCUGCCGGGGGCCAUUGUCGCGUGCAUUCCCGACUUUGAGCCGCGGACGGCAGAGGAGCGCCAGGCCCGCCAAGUCACGGACGCGCUGCUAACUCGGCCCGGGGGCCGAAGGGGUGCCGUGCUGGACAUGUGCUACAACCCUACGCCGUUUACGCGGCUGGUCGCCGUGGCCGAGGGGCACGGGUGGCAGGUGAUUCUGGGCACGGAGGCGCUGAUUUGGCAGGGUCUGGAGCAGGAUAAAUACUGGACUGGCAAGACGACUGCCGAGCUGCCGGUCGCGAAGGUACGGGAAGCAAUCGCGGCACGGGUUGCGAAGCGUUUGGCUUCGAAAUUAUAG